AAAAAAAAAGGAAAACAUUUAUUUAUAAAAAUUGUGUUUUAGUCAAAGGGAUAUUGGUUUAAGAUGUCCCACAAGUACACGGAGCUGAUUAAGCUCGGCACGCAGUAUGCCCGACGCAUGAAUUACCUCUCAAAUCGCAUUUUCGGUGAAGUGGCACGCACCACCAACGACAAGUCCAUGAAGGUGGUUCGCAUGUUCUCCGAGGAGCCCAUCCACAAGAGGGACUAUGUUGUGAACUGGUAUCCCCGGCACGUGGAGACACAUCUGCUAAUGAAAAACCUGCGUGACUACGGACUGUUCCGGGACGAGCAUCAGGACUUCAAAGAGGAAAUGAAACGUUUACGCAAGCUGCGUGGCAAGGCGGCGCCCAAGAAGGGUGAAGGCAAGCGCGCCUCCAAGAAGUAGACAUAAAUAAAGUACAAAUAAAAACCUUUUUAAUAAUCAAAAUCAAAGCCUAA